AAAACAGCAGCACAAAGGUGAAAGACCGAGUGGCGAAAGACAGUGAAAUAGAGGCAACACUGAGGAGUCUAUAGAGGGGGGGGGGGGACUGCGCUUGACUGGCGAUUUAAUGAUCCAGAGGUAAAAAAGAAAACUGGGAGGAACAAAACCACGAUUGAGUUGUUCGGUAGAUGAUGGAUUAUGCUAUGAAGUCCCUCAGUCUCCUGACUCCAGCUUCUCUCUCAAAGUGUGUCACAGCUAGCGUGUCAGCCAGCGCCUCUAUGACCCAACAGCUCCUGUCGGGUCGGACUCCUCGGCCGAGGCCCUUCCGCGUCACAAGUGCUGACCGCACCAUGAAAAAGGGCAUCAUGGCUGACGGGCUCCACGACCUGAUUGACAAAGUCAUGAGCUCUCUGAACUUGCCUUGUGUCAGUGCCGUGGUGCUGGAUGAGGAUGGAACAGGAGUGGAUACAGAGGAGUUUUUCCAGACCCUACCUGACAACACAGUCCUCAUGGUUCUGGAGAACGGACAGACAUGGACUCCGCUUCUGCAUGGUCCUUAUAGAGUAAACCCCCGCGAACACAAGCACAGGAAAGACGUGGCAAAGCUGACUUUUGACCUCUAUAAAAACAACCCCAAGGAUUUUAUUGGCUGUCUGAGCAUGAAGGCCACCCUCUAUGGCGUUUACUCUGUGUCCUAUGACCUACGCUGCUAUGCCGCCAAAAAGAUGUUUAAGGAGGCUCUGCGGUGGACACUCUUCUCCAUGCAGACCACGGGCCACAUCCUUCUGGGCUCCUCUUGGUACAUCGAACAACUGCUGGAGGAGGAGUGUGCAGAGAGGAGCCUGGAACUGCCACAGGAGAGCAGGAUCAGGCAGCUACAGAGCAUUCUCCUCGGCAAGGCCAAUCAGUAAUGCUGGACUCAGAUUUGCUUGUACUGCUACGGUGGAGCAAGACCCUUCUCUGCUCUGACAUGUGAGAGAAGUCAGCUUAUGGAAUGGUUAAGAACAGAACCGGCGAUGUAACGCAUGGCUGCCGUCACAGUUAGUGGAGCAUGUGAUUUUAUACCUGUUCAUUUGACUGCUCUCUGUAGACUUCAGAGAUUGGAGACACCAUAAAGCUCUCUGCUGGUUGUUUCCUUGCUGUUAGUUUUUUUCUUUUCUUUUUCUUACUUUGUGCUGAGGCCCGCUCCGGUUAUUCCUCAGAAAGCACAUUUUGUGUGGUUGUAAUGCAUUUAGCUUUUUAUUAUUUUUUUGGUGCACAGACAUUGAAUAAAUACGUGGAAUCGUCAUCUUUGUUUUCCAUUAUGUGAAAAGCCAGAGUUUUUAGUUGACUGAAAAGAGCACACAUUAAACGAUGUCCUAGAGACCAGCUCCUCAGUCUGGGUCAGAUGGGGGCUGGCAUGUGUUACAUUUUGUUCCCGAUCAGUCUAAUUCUCCCAUGCCUCCCGUAUUGUCUCCUGGUCUGUGCUGUCCUGCCAGCUGCAGCCUGGCUCUGCCUCGGAGGAGACGGGAGAAUUGACAGAAUGGAGGAUGGCUAGCAGCUGUAGGGGGAGGGGGGGGGAGUGAAAAGGGAUGGCGGCAAGCCAUUAAACUGAAAGAGAGCUGGUGAUGAUUUUGCCUGGAAGCAGUAAUUCCACUUUUGCCACCUUGUCAAGGAAUGUAGCACUAAAUGAAGGACAUUUUUAGCAUAACUGUGUCCCAUGUAGGGUGAAAUUAUCUCCUGCUCUUUGUUAAAAUAUUGGGCUGUAAAGGCUGCUUAGUUAGGAAAUGGCACUUCUAUCUUGUCAGCUUAUAUUAAAAACUGAGUGAAAA